AUGGCGGACUCGCAUGAGUCGCUCAUGGAAAUCGAGUCGGCACUUAAUCACCUGUCAGAAGAAUUGGACAAAUUUGAUGCGACAUGGGAGACGAAUAUGUCAAAAGUUCUGUCAAGUGCCGAUCUGUAUGAUCGAGAACUGCUAUCUGAUGACGCUGAACCGGAAAUGUCAGUAACUGCCCAGAUGUUGCUCGAAGAGAUGGCUUCUCGUGGUGAAGAGACUCUUACGCAAAUGCUUGCCCAUCACAAAUCUCUUCAUCAUCCGGUAUCACAAAUCGGUAAGGACAUCGAUAAAUCAACGCACAAAGAAAUCGGAGGUUUGAUUCGUAACGAAAAAGAUAUCGAACGUGAUCCAAAAGCCGAACGUCUCGUCAAUGGGAUGAUUUGCGAUUAUCUGAUGACAUGUGGGCAUACGAAUAUUGCGGAGACACUUGUGAAGGAGACAGGUCUUGGUGGACGAAUUGAUGGUUAUCUCGCGAACAGAAAGAUUAUUGACUGGAUAAUGGAAGCCCUCAAAGCCCAGGAUAUCCAACCAGCAUUGUCAUGGUUACGGCAGAAUCCCCACAGUGAUACAAAACUGCAGUAUGACCUACUGAAACAGCACAUGAUAACAUUGAUUCAGGAUGGCAAAAGAGUGGAUGCUUUGCGGUUUGGCCGCCAGUUGUCGGCUUUCGGGUACGAGAACGAAACGGCUCAAGUGAUGGGUGCAGUAGCGAUGGGCAAAGAACGCAAUGAUCCACGCUAUGAGGCGCUUUUCAGUCCGUUGGCAUGGCCCAUGCUCGAAUCAAGGAUGUCCGUGGCUCUGGCUCAAAGUGAUACCAAAUUCCUGAACGUCAUCCUGACUGGAAUGCGAGCAGUACCGAUACUUGUAAAUUUGAAGCAGGUAAUGGUGAGCCGCCAAGAUCAUCUAUUCAGUGGAGAAGAGCUACCAGUUGAAGUGAAGAUAGAUGAGUAUGUUCAUUCGACGUUCACAUGUCCGAUUUUGCGUCAACAAAGUACGGAUAGUAAUCCACCGAUGCGACUUACUUGUGGCCAUGUUAUAUCGAGAGAGGCCGUAAGUAAAUUGUGUAGUAAUCAUAGAAAUAAUCGUUUGAAAUGUCCCUAUUGUCCUGAGGAGUCUCAUCAAAAUGAUGCAAAACAGGUGUACUUUUAA